AUGACCUUGCCCUUGAACAGCGGCGUCAUGCUCAUGACGGGCACGCCGCACGUCUGGCAGAAAUACCUGUUCGGGCGCACCUCCGCGUCAAAGACGUGCUACCUCGGAUGGGGAAAGGAAUGGGUAGGUGUCCCAGACUAUCAAACCUACCGCUGCACCGGGGUCCCGCUGAGUGUCUCUGGAUCCUGGCGUGGGAAGAAGUACCUCGUUAGAGCAAGAAGACACAUAUCUGGCGACUUUGCGGCAGUUGGCACAGUGGCACAGAUGGCCGCGGCGCUGUUCGCCAAAGAGGUUGUCGUCGUUGACCUUGACGGCGACGGCUGGGUCAGGGAGGCGGGUGUCAGCCAGCGAUCCAUCGCACAAUCCUCGGACCGGCAUUGA